AUGUCUAACGCCGAGCUCGCUUGCUCUUACGCCUCUCUCAUCCUUGCGGAUGAAGGCAUUGAGAUCACCGCCGACAAGAUCCAAACUCUUCUCACUGCCGCCAAGGUUCAGGAGGUUGAGCCCAUCUGGACUUCCAUCUUCGCCAAGGCUCUCGAGGGCAAGGACGUCAAGGACCUCCUGACCAACGUCGGUUCCGCUGGCGCUGCUGCUCCCGCUGCUGCUGGUGGUGCCGCCGCCGCCGGUGGUGACGCUGCUCCCGCUGCUGAGGAGAAGAAGGAAGAAGAGAAGGAGGAGUCCGACGAGGACAUGGGCUUCGGUCUCUUCGACUAA